CGUACUUUGCAUUUGCAAAACAUGCAUUGAACUUGUAAUUGCAUUUUGGCGGCACUGAUAUUAAGUUUUUUUGUUUAUAUUUAUUUCUAUUCAAUUAUUUCUGUUGUUUUCUUUAUAAAAUAAUGUUAAAUCUCAAUUGUGUUAUAUGUGCAGAGUUAUUCACUCAUACCGCAGAUGUUUAUGUUACAAAAUGUGGUCAUAUGUUCCACUAUUCCUGUCUUUGCCAAUGGCUGGAAAGAUCAAAAACAUGUCCACAGUGUCGAAAUAGAUGCACUGAUGCAAACGUACACCGAGUGUAUUUCAAUUUGGCCAAUUUAGAUACGAGUACGGUCGACAUUGGAUCACUCCAAGAGAAGCUAGACAAUGCCGAACUCAAGGUGCAAGUUGCUGAAAAGGAUCUUCGCAAAGCUGAGGAGCAAGUUAAAAAUCUUAAAGCUACACAAAAGAAAUGCAUGAAGACAAUUUCUGGCUUGGAGCAGAAAAUCGAGAAAAAUGAUUUUGUAAUUUUGUCAUAUUCUGAACAGCUUAAAAUGGUUAAACAACAAGCCAACGAAGCUGAAUCUUUGCGAAAAGAAGUCAAAAGCUUAAAGGAUCAAAUCACAUUGAUGGAAAAUGUUUCGUCUAUCAUAACCUCAACAGCACAAGACGCCGAAAAGCUACUAAAAGAGGAAAGCAAUCCAAUGACAUUAGGGGUUUGGGUUUCAGCAUUAAAAAGGGAACUUCGAACUUGUGAAAGUAGAAAAAUGGAUUUAAGAAAUGCCCUUAAAGUUGUGCAAAAUGAUUUGCGCAGGGAAAUUGAUUUGAGAAAAAAGCGAGAAGAACGUUUGUCACAAUUGGAGAGUGAAAACUAUAACUUAUCUCAAAAGGUAAUUCAACUAGAAUUUGAAAAAGAAAAGGAAAAAGAUAAAGAAAAAACGAACAAAUCUCAUACCAAUGAUUCUCCAUCAACAUCUAAUCAUUCAAACAACAAUAGAGUAGCAAAUCUUCAGAAAGAAACCAAGCGGCUAAGUCUUUCACCAACUGUGGAGUCGAAGAAAAUUGAAGAUUCUGAUUCACCUUAUUUCAAUAUUAAAUCUAGUGGAAUUCCAUUUAGUUUGCUUAGAUUAGGUGGACUUAAGGGAGAAAAUCGAGAAAAUGCUAUAAAUAAGGAACUUCAAUAUAAUAGCGAUUUAUCGGAAAAGUACACAAUUUUCAAGAAACCUCGCUUAAUGAUUCCCCCAAGUGGACUUACUUCUUCAUUAAAACCAGGACUAGGCUACGAUGGCUUCGGUGGCACUCAAAAAAUGAUUGACGAAGAAGAUAAACAACGAAUCAUCAACAAAAAAGCAACAACUCAAAGUUUGAGCAAUCGAUUAAAAGCUGGAAAACUAAGAAAAUUUCCCUCAGCUGGAUCUGGAGGCAUGGACAAUUUUCUCAACAAGAGUUAGAGACUAAGCUAAAUAAUAAUUUUUCUCUUGAGGUGAUUUAAAUGCUUAACGUGGUGUAUAUUGUGUUAAAAUUUAUCAAUGUAUUAUUAUUUAAUAGCAUAUAAAAAUAUUACAAUAGUAUGUUAUUUUAAAUUAAGUCCCUAAGUUAAUUAUAAUGAGUGUUUAAAAUUUUUUGUUUUACUUUGCUCGAUUAUGUAGUUUCUGGCGUGCUAUAAGAUUAAUUGUUCUUUGACGAAUCUAAGCAAUUUUAAAAUAUAUUUUAUGAAUUCUUAUCUGUUAGUAAAUACUUGACAUAUUAAAAAAAACAAA